AUGACCAGUGUCACCCAGAACGUCUACGGCCAUGUUCUCUCACGCGUUUCUACCGACGAUCCAGACAUUGAGUGUCUGAGCUGGCAAGUGGAUGUCCUGCUGGAUCACCUGUCCAUGGAACCCUCGAUGGCCGCUAGCUUCUCCAGGCUCAGCACUCGAAAGGCCCACCUUCCCAGAGGAGUACUUCAGAAGCUCCAGGAUCGAGGACAAGAGAUUUUGAACGCAAUCGUCCGCUGUGCCUGUUCCGCAGAUGCUCUACUUGUCCCGGCCUUUGAGUCAGUUCUGUCCCUAACUCAUGCUCUAACGCUGGACGGUAUGACGAGUCUCGUCGAGCUGUGCGCUCUGACCAUUCACUCCCCAGAUCUAGCUUUAGAUAUUCUUCUGGGAUGUCUCAAGCGCCAGAGUCUGCGUCUGCUCGCGGGGACCAUCAAACCAGCGUUGGCCAUGCACUUUGCCGAUAACAUUGUUAGCAUCGCCCUGGAUCACAUCCACGAAGCUAAUGAACAACAAAUUGACAGAGCUGAAAUGAUAAUGCUACACGACCUCAAGAAAGAACGAGAUGGAUAUCCCUUGGCCGAAUGCGCAUUCCGUAUUGAUUCUGCGAAAGUGCCAGAGACGUGGGCACACGUUCGCUUAACGGCCGCCUCAAAGCCCAAGAAUGCGCCCUUGGCGAGAGAAUCACUUGGGAUCGGUCACGUUCCAGUGUUUCCAGCCAUGCCUGUGUUCGUGGAACAAUGUUCCUGGAUCCUGACAAACUACGGCCCUUUCGUGAGACCCCGUGCCCUGUUUGCUGCUAUGCGGCAUUUCGCUGACACGGAUGGCCAAUACUGUUGCGUUGCGAAUGAGCUUUUGGCAUCGGACACGGUCGCUUGUGAAGCAGGUGCCAUGAGACCAAAAUCAGACUGUCGUACUGCUCUCACAACGCACUUUCAGCUCUCCCUCAACGAAAGCCAGAGAGCCGCGAUGCUUGCUGCUCUGACCCAUCCACUUGUCCUCAUCUGGGGCCCACCGGAUACAGGCAAGACACAGACAAUUGUCGCCAUCAUACUUGGCCUGCUGGACCGGUUUCCAGAUGAGAGAAUUCUCGUCACGGCGCCGACUCACAACGCGGUGGACAACUUGAUGAGACGGUAUCUUGAUGUCACUGGACGAACGGGGCCUGUCGCUCUUAGAGUCUCAACCGAGGCGAGUUUACUCCAUUCCCACACUUUGUCCUUACUCGUUUGA